AUGGAACCCCUAGACGCAAAGCAUAAUGGCAAACGCUCAAGCGAGCGAAGCAAAAAACGCCCACUGAAAGAAACAUCAAAUCCGUUGAUAGACGGAAUCAGCCGCUUUCUACGCAGCCAUGCAGAAGGAACCUCACACCACCCAGUCCCCGACACAGCAGUAAUAGCUGCUCUUCCGAAAAGAUACACAAUCUACAAACCUCUUUUACUGCUGCCAGCCAGCGUAUUCACUUCCCCGCCCGCCUGGGCGCAGCUCUAUGCAUCACUGGAUGACACUGAGCGUCAAAGGUUGUACGAAUCGAUGGCAUCAUCUUUCCGACCCCUGGGCAUCACGCAUGUUGCCCUGAAUGCGCCUAUUGAGUUGACGAAUUCCAACACGGGCAUUGAAAAUCGGAUGCGCAGUCCUGUUGGGCUUGUUCCGCUAUACGGCGAUUUCGGGCCCAUUCUUGCGCCUGCCAAAGAACCAGAUAGUAAUGAUUUCACAGAAGCCUUUUGGGUGCAGACAGUGCAAAAUGGAGGGAUCGUUCAGUGCUGGGCACCUCUGUAUACAAUGUUCUCGCGCGGCAAUGUCACCGAAAAGGCUCGCGUAUUGGGACUUGGGAAUCGAUUUGAUGGGUUAGAUGCGUCUUCACUGGGUGGACAAGACGUUGGGGAGAUUAGCGUCGUCGAUUUGUAUGCUGGAAUUGGGUAUUUUUCGUUUUCAUACCUCAAACGAGGAGUCAAGAGGGUAUGGGGAUGGGAGCUAAAUGGAUGGUCCGUUGAGGGACUACGGCGAGGCUGUCUGAAGAAUGGUUGGGGUUGCAAGGUCAUCCCACUGGAUGAAGUUGGAGCUCUCCGAGAUGUGACCUAUGAAGCUAUCGUGGAUGAGCUCACGGAUGAUGAUAGGAUUGUUUUGUUUCAUGGGGAUAACAGACUUGCAGCAGAAAUUAUGGCGAAUAUACAGCCCUUGUUGCAAAGAGAACAUCAUCCUUGGGCUCCUGUUCGGCAUGUGAAUCUGGGACUAUUGCCUUCUUCUCAGCCUACGUGGGACAGUUCGUUGAAGCUGCUAGAUCGGGAAUACGGCGGAUGGACUCAUGUACACGAGAAUGUGGACAUUACCGAGAUUGACGUGAAAAAGGAAGAUAUCGUUGCCGAAUAUAAAAGGCUGGGCUCUUCUCUGAGCGGACAAGUCCUGGACAUUACUUGUGAUCAUAUCGAGAAGGUCAAGACAUAUGCACCGGGUGUCAUGCAUUGCGUUUAUGAUAUACAUGUACAUGUCGAUCCAUAG